AUGAAACCAGAUUGUGACCCUGCCAUCCCCGCCAUUGCUCCUCCUCAUAUGCAAAGUCAAGAUCCGUCCCAAAUCAGCCCCAAGAAAAUCAAGAGUAAAGUCCAGCCGGGCAAACCACCGCCUUCUGCCCGAGAUCAACCCCCUGAAAGUAGUGUCGAACAAGCCGGCGCAGGUGGCGCGCGAGCGGAAGUGAAGGCGAGAAAAAGGGUAUCAAGGUUGACGGUGAGCCGCAAGCGGCAAACGGGAGAGAUCUCGGGCGAUGUGGUCAGGUUGCGUGCGCCGAUGGUUUGCCGGAAGAACGAAGAAAAGGUGGUGGCGGCCGGUUCACCCGAAUUCGUGGGGCUGGGCAGCGUGAAGGAAGUCGAGAUGGAAGUGCUGUUAGCGAGAACCGUCAUCUGUGCGCGCUGCAGGGUGAGCGUCUUGGUGAGAGUCAGGGUGCUUGUUGAGGUAGUCGUCGUCAUGUCAUCGGCGACGGCCGCUAGCGGCAAGAGGACCGCGGCGAAGAUGGUCGGCAGAUGCAUUUUGGAGAUAUGUCGGGAGAGGGGCUCUUAG